UCCCCCCGGCUUCACACUCCGCUUCUCGUUUCGUCAUUCCGGUGCUCCGGUCGCCUCGCUCCCCUCCCGGUGCUAAAGCCGUCGGGCUUGGCCGUGGGAGCGUAAUGGCGGUGCACCGGGGACCCUCUACGAAAUGGCUGUUUACCCGGGAGCAGCUGGAAAACACACCGUCUCGUCGCUGCGGGAUAGAGGCGGACAGAGAGCUCUCCUACAGGCAGCAGGCCGCCAAUUUAAUCCAGGACAUCGGCCAGAGGCUCAACGUAUCUCAACUAAUAAUUAACACCGCUAUAGUUUAUAUGCAUAGGUUUUAUAUGAUCAACUCCUUCACCAAAUUCAAUAGAAAUAUAAUUUCCCAGACCACCUUAUUCCUGGCAGCUAAAGUGGAGGAGCAGCCCAGGAAGCUGGAGCACGUCAUUAAAAUAGCCCAUGCCUUCAUUAACCCACAAGAUCCUGUCCCUGACACUAAAAGCAGUGCGUUCCAACUGCUGGCACAAGAGCUUGUAGCCCUAGAAACAAUAGUGCUGCAAACGCUGGGUUUUGAAAUUACAGUUGAUCAUCCUCACACAGAUGUUGUGAGGUGUUCCCAGCUAGUGCGAGCAAGCAAGGAUUUGGCACAGACUUCCUAUUUCAUGGCUACCAACAGUUUGCACCUCACCACCUUCUGCCUGCAGUACAGGCCAACGGUUGUAGCUUGCGUCUGCAUCCACCUGGCCUGUAAGUGGUCCAACUGGGAGAUCCCGGUGUCCACAGAUGGGAAGCACUGGUGGGAGUACGUGGACCGCACCGUUACGCUACAGCUGCUAGACGAACUUACCCAUGAGUUCCUUCAGAUUCUGGAGAGGACGCCCAGCAAACUGAAGAGGAUACGAAACUGGAGGGCCAUUCAAGCAGCAAAGAAACCAAAGACAGAAGGUUCGACUGUGGAGAGUGCCUUCCAGGGGACAUCUUUAGACGGCCUUCCUGGUGUUACCAACUCCUUCUUCCCCUCCGCCUCUACGUCAAACUCUUCUGAAAUGUCCGCCCUGAGCUCCAUGACGACCUCUUACCCCAUCUACCAGCAGCUCAGCGACCAGUUCUCCCAGCCUGCCCACUCAGACUUCACGCUGGUCAAACACAAAGCUACAGCCGGGUCCAGCAGCGAGCACGAGCAGCCGGGCGUGAACGUCGCGUCUUUCUCCCGGCCGCCAAAAGUCUUGACUCUAGAGAAGUACAGGGUGAAACAGGCGGGGGAGCUGGCCCUGCAGAGCGGCAUGAAAGAGGAGCCCGGCGCCGAGAUCUACGCGCCUCCAGCUGUCUCCUCCCACCACCACAAGAGACGCUCGCAGCAACAAACCGGCCAGUCGGGCGACGGCAGGAGGGAGAAGUCGAGCUCAAAGAAGCCGAGGCUCGCCUCCUGCUACGCCGAGAACGGCUCCGCCGCAGGCGAGGAAUUUAAAAUGAGGAUCAAAGUUUCAUCCGACCCGGGCGGGACUCUGUCCGGGAAGGACAAGCACAAAGAGCACGGCGGGCACCGCCACUCUAAACACAGCCACUCGUAUUCUCUGAGCGGGAGCGCCGACGGUGCGUCGUUCUCCGUCCGAGCCCCCGGCAGCCACUUGAACGACGGGAGCUCCUCCGGCUCGUCCCGUAAGAGACAGCACGCAGACGGCGGCGGCCAUAACCACCACCACCACUCCAAGAGCAGCAGGUCCUCCAAAGGACUGGGCUCGGCUCACUACCCAUCGGACGGCGGCCAGAGAGCCAUGGAGCUCCACAGCCACGAUGGGACAAACGGUAUGCUGCUGUCCAACGGCCAACACACUGACUACAAAAACACUUUCGACAUGCUGGACUCUUUACUAAGUGCCCAAGGAAUGAACUUGUAACUGUGAGCUCCUGGUGUUAACUAGGAAAGGUUUUAUAGAGUUUAAAAAGCGACUUUAUCGGUCUUAAGUUAUCUGCAUCACACUGAUUAUUGAUGAUUCCUAUCAAACUACAGAGCUGUGUAUUAAUUCCUCGCAACACAAAAACACCACGUAUGAGUUGCUUUGGGAAUGCAGCCGAAAAAUAAUUCCUUUUAAUGUAAUUUUAAAUGAGCUGAUGGUUAUUUUAAGUGUGCACGUUUUUAAAGUCACAAAAAGAGAAGGAAGGAAGAAAAAAAAAGAAAUUUCGCUGCCUUUGUGACAGUUUACAAUUCAUUUUUGUCGUUCAGUUUGUUCCACGAGAAUCUCAGGUCUUUAAACAUUUUUGAUAAAAGAGCAAAUCUCCCUCUGAUCGGGGAGGAGACGGGUCGAGGUUUUUACACCCGACCCAGGAAGGGAAAACACGGUCUGCUUACGUUACAGGGUGCAUCGGCGAGGCUCCAUUUGCUAUUUGAAGGCUGCACCUACUGAGCUACAGGUGACGCUUAUGUUACAACUGCUGUGGAUGUGCAUUGAAACCAUAGCAGCUAAAGUUAAAACAAAACAAAAAAAAACUUGUGAUUGUUCUAGUCAAUCGCUAUUCUGUAUGAUAAAUGUUAUUAACUAUCAGAACAUACAGAUCUCUAAAGUUGUGUGUACAUAGGACUUUAGAUGAGAAGUGUUGAUUAUUGCAUCAGUCCAAAUGACUCCAUUGUAUUAAGAUCCAAAGCAGACUGUAUCGAUGAGAAAAUCCUUAAUUCAUGUUUUGGGAGCCCAAAUAAAAACGAUACGAAACU